AUGUUGAAGUCCACGUCGCACCGAGAGGGAGAGGACCUGGAGAGCGCCCCCAGGCCCCCACCGCCGAGGGACUUUGCCGCCUGUUUGAAGGAACGGGAAACGCCUUCCCGCGCUCCUCGUCACGACAGACGCGGAGCAGGUGCACGUCAAACAUCCCCUGCUGUCGUCCUCUGGCUGGUGAGUCCUUAUCUUCCUGUGUGUGGUGUAGGAGCAGCGUGGCACGGUGUGUUUAUCGUCAUGAGGGGCAUGAGGGUGUUCAACCUGAGUGUGGCGGCCUUGGAUUUCAUCCCGGUGUGCUUCUUGAUCACCGGUAAGCAUGCCAAUACGGUGAUCCAAUUAAGGUGCAGCUGCCAUGUUGUGCAGGACUGGCCUACGGCCAUGUCGGGACAGUCUACCCUGGUGGCGAACGGCCGGUCAAUCGAGGCGGUCCAUGGGACGAGACGGAUGAAACAGGCAUGGGAUUCAUCGCAACGGGCAUCUGUUUCCUCCUACUCUCCGUGAUCUGCAAGUAAGCAAAUAAAUAGCAGACACCAUGUCUCUCUCAUAUGCGUGAUGUGUCUCUCCUGCUGUGUGUCGUCUAUGCGUGUGCUUGUGCCUUUGCAGCCUCUACCUGGCACCACCGAUAUGAUCACGGGAGCAGCGGAAAUCACAUGCAUCGGUCACCUCCUUCACUUCCUG